UUACGACAUACUCAAAGUUUGUUUACCAAUCAUGUUUCCCUAUCGCACAUCUUCCGCUGUUCUUGAUUCAAUCGCAACAGGUAAGUCUCAUCUUGGGCUUUUGUUGAUGAAUCUUAUGAUUUUGAUCACUAUGGUACCCCGCCUAGGGUUUGUUCGUCUUGGUUUACAUACGAUUUAGUGUUUUUGUUCAUCGAAGUUGACUAACGCAUCCGAGUUAUUAAUUUCUAUAUAUCAUUAUUUUGUAAUCGACUGUGAGUUUUUCUUGAUAAUUUUCGUUCGUGAUUCAUUAAUUGUUUUUCUUGCGAUUUCUGGGAUUUGAUUUUUGUUUCUAUGAUAGCAUUGAUUUAGGUUGAAGAUAGUGAUGUUCACGACCGUCGGUUUUAUAUGUUGCCUAAAAAAUCAUAGGUAUUAUUCAUUUUUUUACCUAUGGAAUCUGGUUUUAAAAAUAGAUUUGAGUUAAAAUCGUCUCGGGUCAUAAAUUGGUUAUGGAGGAAAUAUUUAAAUCCUAUACAAACUGAUUUGGGUUGGGUCGAAACCAGGUUUUUAAAUCGGUUCGUGUCCAAAUCGGUUUCAGUAACGAGAGUAGGAAUCACAAGCAUUUUGUGCUGGGUUGAAAUCGGUUGGUGAAAUCGGUUUCAAGUUAGUUGCAUACUUCUUUUCAAGUUAGUUGGUGAAAUCCUUUAUAUAACGGAGACGAAGUUGCGGGGUAUUUUACACUACGGAAACGGAGUUAAUGGGUAUUUUUACACUACGGAGACGGGGUUGAGGGGUAGCCCGUGCUACCCCUACUAACAUUGUAAGUCCGCCACUGCAUGUAAUGCGUCUGUGAGCUUGCUCGUAGCCACGACUGUGGCUUGGCCUUCCAUCGCCCAUCACAUGCUUUCCGCCUGGCUUUGUCCCUUCGCAUUACAUAUGCUCUCAAUUCUCAAAUAAUAAAUCGCAAACUAUUCGGUUUAUCGCGUGGCGUUGGUUCUUUUUAUUGGAGCUGGAGACCUGCUUUGGCUUCGGAUUCGCUGAUGUCCAGCCUUGAAAAUUUAAUCGGGUAGCUUAACGGGUUUUAGUUCUAUUCUGGAACAGACAGUUAGACUAGUGGGUAUGGGGGCCGGCUUGGCCCGGCUUGGCCCGGCGCCGGACCCCCACACCGCCCCCCAGGCCCGGCUUCCGUCAACAUCGGCCACCCACAGCCGGGUGGACCGAGCCCAAUUCAAAAAAUCAAACCGUUAAACAACGGCUAGUUUAAUAAAAAAAAAAAAAAAAAUCAAUUUCCUUUUUAAAUAAAUACCAUAAUCCCACACCUUUUUUAAACCAAUUUCUCUCAUUCUACUCCCAUUCUUCUCCAUUUCUCAUCCUUUUUUAUAAAAAAACUCUAUAUUUUUUAUACCAAUCUCUACCAAACAUGAAUCCAUUCAACCAAAACAACCCCAACCCGAACAACCCCAACCCGAAUAAUCCCAAUCCGAACCAACCUAAUUUUUUUUCUAGUCCCGCUUACACUCCGACUAUGGAUCCUUCGUGGGGGGCUUCGCAAUUUCCGUUUUCGGGUUUCCAACAAACACCCAACGCCUUUUCACAAAUGUCUCAACUACAACAAGUUCAACAAUAUCAAGCGCUCCAACAAAUCAUGCAACGCAACACGUUUGAACAACUACAAUCCCAAUCGCAACCCCCGGUUCAACUUGAAGAUGAUGAUGAAGAAGUCGUCCCCGAAUCACCACCGCAAGAGCUCACGCGCAAAAAAAAGAAAGGUAAGGGAAAGAUGGUUGAACCCGAAACCGCGCAAAAACCGAGAGCAAAGGCGAGGCAAUGGACGAAAGUAGAAGAGGAGGCGCUAGCUAUGGUGUUUACUAAGGCCUCUAAUUGCCCGAUAGUCGGAAACAACCAAACGGGUAGUAGUUUUUGGAAGAAGACAACGGAUAGGUUUAACGCGAUUAUGGAGCAUGGGGAGGCUCGUGAUGUCGAAGCCGUCUCGGGCAAGUGGCGUAAAAUGAUCAAGGUCAUCAACAACUUUAACGCGAUUUAUAACCAAAUUUACCUUAAUCCUCCAAGCGGGAGUAACGAGCAAGAUAUUCUUAACCUUGCUAUCGCCAAGUGGGACUCCCAAAAUCCAACGCCUUUCCCGCACUUCCGAGCAUGGAACGUUGUAAGGAAAGAUCAAAAAUGGAAGCCGGUUCCAAAUGAGGUCGCAACGGCCAAACGCACUAAAACUUCCGAGUCCGGAAGCUAUAGUGCGGGAGGCUCCACCGCUCGAUGUCAAAUUGACAUAAACGACGACCCGGAAGAUGACGAGGAUGCGUUGCCCAUUCACGAGUCGGAACGUCCCACCGGGAGGGACAAAGCAAAAAAAGAAGCGGCCGCAAAGCGAAAAGUGUCCGGCUCGAGUGGAGGUGGCGGCUCGAGUGGAGGAAGAGGCGAGAAGGCAUCGUCAAAAAUGGACGACUUGAUAAACGAAUUCCGUUCGUUCAAAGAGUUCGCGACCGAAAAGUAUAGUCACAAGAAAACCGUGUCGUCCGACUAUGCUCGAGCGGAAGAUUUUAGGAUUAUGCGGUUGGAUCUCGACUCGGUUCCGGAGGAUGAACGUGAGGUUUAUCGGAGGAUGAAGGAAGAGGUGAAAAAAAAUGGACGUCGUAGGCAUUAGGAAACGUAAUUUUUUUUAUUUUUUAUUUUCGGUUUCUUUUUUAUUUUUUAGGAAAUGUAAUUUUUUUU